UCUAUUAUGGUCUCGUUAAUGAUAAUAUUGUAAUUGCUGAACGGCGAACAUCCAAAGUUUUUUAUACUUUAUCGCCUGGUUAUUGCUUAUUGUAAGGAUUCGUGUAUAUAUUACAAUUAUUAAUUAAUACAUCCUAUUAUGGCUGGGAGUCGUUUGGAAAAACUAGGAACCAUAUUUACGAGGGUUAACGGACUCAUAAAGUCCGGGGCAAUGAAAAUUGAUGAUCGGCCCAUUUGGUACGAUGUGUACCGGGCGUUUCCACCUGAAUCGGAGCCACAUUAUGCAAAGCCGUCUCAGUCGAUUAAAAUACCAGAUAUAUAUUACUCAGAAGAUAUAUUCAGAGCUAUGUUUCACAAAGAGACUCGUGGCCAAUUGCCAGCAAUCAAUUUGCAAGAGACCCAACAAAAUCAAAAUGUCACAAACAUAGCUGUAAACAUGGUAGUUGCUGAUCCAUCGCUUUCUGUAAAUCAAGUAAUUGAUACUCUGAAAAAGAAUAAUGUUCUGCAAGUUUACAAAGCUUCAUCCAAAAAAGUCGAUCCCACAACGAUAAAUGAUAGUACAAAUAAAUCCGAUUUUCAUGAAACCGAUGUUCAUACAAAAGAAACAAAUGUUCACAGUAGUUAAUAUUUCUUAUCGAUUUUGUUAAUAAUUAUUAGAAUUUUGAAUAUAUUUAUUAAUUCAUACAUUUAACA